UUUUUCCUUCUUUCAAAGUUGUUCAGACCAAUAUAAAAGGCAAAACGCUUGGAAGCGGGUCUGUUCUGGUGACCUCAACAAAUCACCUCGUUCGCCAUUAACACUCUGUCCGACCUUCUCACGAUAUGGAAUUCCACCAACAACACGGUAACAGCGAUGGUGUUUCUCAGAGAAUCAACAGCCCAAGAUUUGCAGGAUCCAUGACGCGAAGAGCUCAUUCAUUCAAGAGAAAGAAUAGCAACAGCAGUAGCGGUAACAGCCACAGUAGCCAACACGAGAUAGAUGUCCAAAUCAACUCCCCAAGAUCUGAAAACCCAGUUUAUCCUGCUUUACAUGAAGAGUUGGAUUCACCGUCUGGCAGGAAGCAGACCCACAAUCAGAAUCACCGAGUUCAUGCAGGUGUUGCUCCUCUUUUCGGAAAGAAUUGUAAUCUUCUGAAGAAACCACUUGGAUCUGUUAUUGCUGAUUUGGUAUUACGGCAGAGGAGGCGGCUGAGAGGGUGGAUGUUCUUUCUCUUCUGCGGCUUCUGCUUGUUCUUGGGUAUUCUGAAGAUAUGCGCCAACGGGUGGUUUGGAGCUUCUGUUGAACCAGCAGGGCCGUAUGUGGAUUUGUCUGACACCCACAUCAUUGGUCAUACUCAGCAACAUGUACAUAAGGAGGGUGAAAGUGAUAUUGAACGACCCCUAAUGAAGGUAGCAUCAAGAGUAGUUGACAACCAAAACAGAAUACUUGAAUACUCAGAUAUUUGGUCCAAGCCCGACAGUGAGAAUUUCACUGAGUGCAUUGACCAGUCGAAGGGUCACAAAAAGCUGGAUGCUAAGACAAACGGUUACCUUCUUGUAAAUGCAAAUGGAGGCUUGAAUCAGAUGAGAUUUGGGAUAUGUGAUAUGGUUGCUGUUGCUAAGAUUAUGAAGGCAACACUUGUCCUACCUUCACUUGAUCACACCUCCUUCUGGGCUGAUGAAAGUGGCUUCAAAGACCUUUUUGACUGGAAGCACUUCAUAGAGACUCUGAAAGAUGAUGUCCACAUUGUUGAGACAUUACCACCUGACUAUGCUGGAAUUGAACCUUUCACAAAGACCCCAAUAUCCUGGUCCAAGGUCAGUUAUUAUAAAUCGGAGAUCCUCCCACUUCUGAAGCAGCACAAAGUUUUGUACUUCACGCAUACUGAUUCCCGACUUGCCAAUAAUGGACUACCGAAUUCCAUACAAAAGCUGAGGUGCCGUGUGGACUAUAGGGCAUUGAAAUAUUCAGGCCCAAUUGAAGAACUUGGGAACACCUUUGUUUCGAGGAUGCAAGAGAGUGGAAACCCUUAUGUAGCUCUCCAUUUAAGGUAUGAGAAGGAUAUGCUGGCAUUUACUGGCUGCAGUCAUAAUUUGACAGCAGAGGAAGAUGAGGAGCUCCGGAGAAUGCGUUAUGAAGUUAGUCAUUGGAAGGAGAAGGAGAUUGAUGGGUCUGAGAGAAGGAGGCUUGGGGGUUGCCCAAUGACUCCUAGGGAGACUUCCCUUCUGCUCAGAGGUUUGGGUUUCCCAUCGAAUACCAGGAUUUAUUUGGUGGCUGGGGAAGCUUAUGGGGAUGGAAGCAUGGAAUAUCUUACGGAUGAUUUCCCAAACAUCUUCUCCCAUUCUACUCUUUCUACGGAAGAAGAGUUGAAUCCUUUCAGAAAUCACCAGAACAUGCUCGCUGGUUUGGACUAUGUUGUUGCUCUUCAGAGUGAUGUUUUUGUUUACACCUAUGAUGGGAAUAUGGCAAAGGCUGUGCAGGGUCAUAGACGCUUUGAGGGCUUCAAGAAAACCAUCAGCCCAGACAGGCAGAAUUUUGUGAAACUUGUUGAUGAACUUGAUGAAGGAAAGAUCUCUUGGAAGAAAUUCAGUUCAAAAGUGAAAAAGCUUCACAAAGAUCGAAUUGGGGGUCCAUAUCUCAGGGAGCCUGGAGAGUUUCCAAAGCUGGAGGAGAGCUUCUAUGCAAACCCUCUUCCAGGAUGCAUAUGUGGAAAAUCACCUAACAAGAAGUAAGAUUUAAUGAUUAUGGACUGCAGUCUUCUUUCAUGACAGGAACCACAUCAAAGCCAAGCAAAGGCAGAAGAAGGGUUCCUGGCAUGGUUGCGGAUAUAUUUUUUUAGAGAGAGGUGAGCUUAAAAGGCCAUCCAGAAGGAAAUAUCGCCUUGUGUGGGAAAUCAUCUAAAAGGAAGCUGAAUGGAACCAAGAGAUGGAUGUGUUCAUUACUUCCAAGAGGAUGAACAGAAUACAUUUACUAAAGUUGAAGCUCCAGAAACUGCAGAUCAACAUUGCAGUAAUCACAUGGAGUAGGGUGCAUUGUGUAAUCCUGUUAAUGUAGCUUGGAUAAUUUGAUUGGGGAUACAAAGGGAUGGCUGGGCUGUGUUUCAUUUUAUCUUCAUGUAAUGAGAAGAAGAUAAAGUGGAAAAUGAUCAUUCUUGCGCUGCCUUACAAA